AUGCAGGUCGGCCGAGUGCGGGCGAAGUCCAAGGCCGGGCCUGAGCCCGCGGCCCCUGCGCUACCCGUGGGUCCGCUGCACAAAGGUAGCCGCGCCGAGCAGGUGAGCAACCCGACCGCGGAGCACCUGGCGGCGGUGCUCGAACCCCUGACGAUGGGAAUCCAGAAGUUAGCCGGCAGCGGGGCCGAGGCUCAGGGCAGCGUCCUGCCCAACAUCCAGGCCCUGAUGUUGUUGCUCUGGAUAGAGAGUCAUGUGACCUGGUCGUAG